ACAAAGUACACUUUGUACGAAGGGGGAGUGAGAGGAGUUGCGGCAAUAUGGUCGCCAAGGAUACAACAAACAGCACGGGUUUCGAAUCAACUGAUACACAUAGCGGAUUGGUUGCCGACUCUUUAUUCAGCGGCUGGCGGAGAUUUGAGAGAUCUGGGAAGGAUCGAUGGCGUCGAUCAAUGGCACGUCUUGAGCGAAGGGAAGGGUCGUGGCAGAGACAAACUCUUAUUAAACAUCGACGAAUUUUUUAAAACCGAGGGAGCGAUAUACAGCCGAUUUAAACUAUUGCGAGGUUCAAUCGAGAAUGGCUAUUACGAUGGAUAUUCCGGUGACUCUGGCAGAACAUUGGAGUUGUCCACCCCAUACGACGAGACAGUGAUGAAAAGUUCCGUCACUCAGGGUAUCACCAAUCAUCUAGGAGGCCCGGUGACACAACCGAGUACGAUACACCAAUUACGACAAGAUGCGACGGUCUCGUGUAGCCCCAAUAUGACGUAUUUCAAUAGAUACGGAUUCACCACCUGUAACGUUACGGAAUGCUUAUUUGAUAUAGUAAACGAUCCAUGCGAGACGAAGAACAUUGCCGAAUCAUAUCCUAGGGUAAGUAAGAAUAAAAUAUAAAUUGACCAAACUUCCAUUACAGUUUUAAAUCAAUGU